AUGAUCUCCCGCGCUUGCAGAAAGGUUAUAGAUCAUCAAGCGACAGCGGAUAAUCCUCGAGGGGAACUCGAGGAACUUGAAGCCAAAGAAGAAGUCAAAACGCAGCCUCAUCAAACCACGCUGCGAACCAGUAUUAAUCGCGAAUCCACCUCGCGACACGGCGGUAACCACGUAGCUUCCAGUGUUAUCCCGAAAGAUCUUCCCCCGAGACCUGAAGGCGGUGACGUCGAACAACUUUGUUUGAUCACUGAGGCAAGCUCAGCGGCAUCCGCGAUGAAUACGAUCAAGGACGAGAUAUCACGACUUGAAGGCGCCGUACUCAAACCUGAUCGUGAGGAGCAAUUCGAGGCACAGUCUUGGGAGGCAUUGCGCAAAUCGGGCAAUCCGGUGCCCCAUACUGCUCGCGAGUACGCCAAUGUCUUCCCGAACAAGAUUCCCGCCGAGCUGCCGGCGAAUUGUGGCGUCAACCACGAGAUUAACCUUGUGCCCGAGGCGAACUAG